UGAUCAUGAUCUUUUGAUACUUAGAUAAAAGUCUGGUAUGUUGAGCAAACACUUCGUUUCUCCAGCAUAUAUAUAAGCAAUGAACUCGAACUUUACGAUUCAAAAUACGCCGAAAAUGUUCGUUUCAAUUGUGAUUUCUGCAUUGCUGGUUGUGUGUCCGGUAAUUGCGUUAAUAACGCUCCCCAAUGGAUUCCAGUUCGAUGAAACAAAGUACUUGAAACGGGAUUCCAGAGUGAGUUCCGCGCCAGAGAAAUGUGAGGUGCCCUAUAAUGGUUGUUCAAAUGAUUGUGGUGCCCAAUUGUAUUGCGAUGAAUUUGGCAAAGUUAUGGACAGAUACGAAUGUGGUUCCUAUCAACCAUAUUGCGUAAAGAAUUCGAGCCCAUAUCCCACUUGCUCCCAAAUUUUCCCAAUGGAAGGUGCAUGUUUAACAAAAGCGACAAAUUACUUUGUUUGCUCUGCUGAUGGACUUUAUCCUGAUCCAUCUGAUUGUACCAAGUACCACGUCUGCAAUGGCACUGCACAUUAUAUUGAGACAUGUCCAGCAAAUCAUCAAUUUACGUACGAUCUAAUCGACCCAUAUACCGUGCAAGAUCCAUACACUUACCCAGGAAACGGAGAGUUUAAAUGUCGUUUUAGCAGUGGACAUUCGUGUAGGAUGUGUUAUCCGUUUUACUGCGAUGGAAUGCCAAACGAAUUUACGUUCCGGCCCGACGACUUCUUUCAUUAUGCUUACUGCAUCGAAGUCGGAACGGUAAAAAAAGCCAUCAUGUUCAAAUGUCCCCCAGGAACCAGACAUGAAAGCAGCACAAAUUCGACAACGAAUGCCGUCGAUUGCAUUCCAGUUGCCACGCCAGUUGCUGCAGCUCCUUAGAUAG